CUAUACACAACAGCGUGCUUCUGAAGUGGGGGUGGAGGAGAAUAAAAGCCCCAUAGAAUCAACUAGCAGGAGCCAGAGCUACACAGCUGCGCUUUGCUUCAUUUGUGAGCAAAUAUAGGAACGAAAAUUAACAAAUCCGAACCAUCUGGAGGCACCAUCACAUCCUCCUCCUCAUCCUCAUCCUCAUCCCGGGACCAACGCACCGCGGCGGCUGCAUCCAGCAGGGAGCGCUACGCGGGUUGCGCUGAGCCGCGCUGUCACUCAACGAGCCGCCCGCUCGGCAGUGGCCGCUGCUCGGCGAGGAGGAUGGAGUAGGAGUUGGUUUUCCUCUCACACGUGUAUAAAGCCCUUGGGGGGGGGUUGUCGGUUUUAUGUUGUUUUACCUUUCUUGCCAUCGAAGCCCUGAGUUGCAGCAGCCCGCUCGGCAGCACAGCGGGGGCUUUCGGAGGCAGAUUCGGAGCCGGCAUCGUGCUGCUGCUGGCUUCUCUCUUCAGAAGAAGCAGCUUGAUGCCCGAUUUUAAGUUCCCUUCCUUCCGAGGCAGAGCAGCAGCUGGGACUGACACGAGACUCACUGUAAAUGAAGAUUCUUCUUUUUAGGUUUCUGCUUGCAGAAGUGACCAACAAAAACUCCUGCUUGAUUUUGCCCCUCGUGCAUUGCAGCAACUUGGAAGGAAUCGUUUUUCCUUUUGCUUUUUUCUUUUUCCCUUCUUCCCCUUCUUUCUUUUCUUCUUCUAAGCUUUGCUCUGCCGGCUCUGUUAUCUCCUGCAAACCUGGCUGACCAUGAACAGCACACAUUUUGCCUUUUCAUUUCAGCCUGUGCUGCUUAACGUGACCGAGGACGUCAAUGACUCAAUUCUCAGCAACAGAAGCAGUGAUGGAUUUUGUGAGCAGGUCUUCAUAAAAGCUGAGGUCUUCUUGACUUUAGGGAUCAUCAGCCUGCUGGAAAACAUCCUCGUCAUUCUCGCAGUGCUGAAGAAUGGAAACCUACAUUCUCCCAUGUACUUCUUCCUCUGUAGCCUGGCUGUGGCAGAUAUGUUAGUGAGCAUGUCAAAUGCCUUGGAGACCAUCAUGAUCGCAAUCCUGAGCAACGGCUAUUUGGUCAUCGAUGACCACUUCAUUCAGCACAUGGACAAUGUUUUUGACUCAAUGAUAUGCAUUUCUUUGGUAGCCUCAAUUUGCAACCUCUUGGUUAUAGCCAUUGACAGGUACAUAACUAUUUUCUAUGCUCUCCGUUACCACAGUAUCAUGACUGUGAAGAAAGCUUUAACCCUAAUCGUGCUCAUUUGGAUCGCCUGCAUCAUCUGCGGCAUCAUAUUCAUUGCCUACUCAGAAAGCAAAACAGUCAUUGUCUGUCUCAUCACCAUGUUCUUUACCAUGCUCUUCCUCAUGGCCUCCCUUUAUGUUCACAUGUUCCUGUUUGCACGCCUGCACGUGAAGCGCAUCGCAGCCCUCCCUGUGGAUGGGGUGCCCUCCCAGCGGACCUGCAUGAAGGGCGCUGUCACCAUCACAAUAUUGCUGGGUGUCUUCAUUGUUUGCUGGGCACCUUUCUUCCUUCACCUCAUUCUCAUCAUUUCUUGCCCGAUGAAUCCAUACUGUGUCUGCUACACUUCACAUUUCAAUACUUACCUGGUCUUGAUAAUGUGCAACUCGGUGAUUGAUCCCUUGAUCUAUGCCUUUCGUAGCCAGGAAAUGAGGAAGACUUUCAAAGAAAUAGUAUGUUGCUGCUACAGUGUAAGCGUGGGACCGUGCAUGCUGUGAGCUCCUGGCUUUGUGUGGGAGCAGAGGAAGCAUACAGUAGGUGUAUGAAUGUGUACAUGGAUGUAGAUACAUAGCAGCUUCAUUUUAAAGCACUGUUUGAAGAAAGGGCACGGGAAAAAAGCUUCUAUUGAAUGCCUUGAUUUAUGCUUUUCAAGGUGAAACAAUUCAACUAAAUGAUUUGAAGCUAUUUAAAUAACCGUAACAAAGUGAAGUCCAAAGCAGCUUGCAAAAUAGAUGAAAAAAAAUAUGUGAAAUAAGGAAAAAUAGAAUCCUGAAAGUGAAUGUUACCCUACAGAGAAUGGGAUAAUAUUCCGUCUGUCUCCUCCAUCUGCACCUGUUGCUUUAUCUCUGUGCCUCUAUCAGUGAAGUCAGUGCUUCUUAAAAGAUUCCCUUAGGAACCUCUCUGGAAAGCUCCUCACCCACAAUCAGAUCAAAACACUGAGAGGUGACAGCUUUGCUCUGAUGUCGCCACUUUUUAAUAAGGGAACAGGCUGACAUUUGUGCUGCUUGAUAUAAAGCAAAUCAAGAAAAGUCUUAAAAGGAUGGAAGCAAACCAUCCCCGGCACUGAACUGUGGCUUUUGUAACGUCAGCUCAGUGAGAACAAACGACUGUAUGACAGUUUGAUUUACACAGCUGAUGGGUGGGAGUGACUCGUUUGAAGACAGCAAUUCCAUGCCUUAUUGUGGGACAGCAGUAUUAUAUCCACAGAAGUCUUUGAGAAAGUGGAUUGCACUGAUUAAUGUAUUUGGUAUGCUGACCAAUCAGAUGUCUCAUUUUGAUAAUUAUUAUCCAGUGAUAUUCCUCCCUUGAGGAUUUCCAAGUCCAGGGGAGGUCUGUAGACAGAGCUGAAUAUAAUGAAUAGCUAAAAUGCCAAAUCACUUGACACAAAGCUACAGUAAAUCUACACAGACUCUUUGGAAGCAGCCAUUUGGCUGAGUGAGGUACCUGCUUUACAGGCAGAUGUGGCUCUGUGCACUGAUUAGUGUAUGUCCUGGGUCAGUCUGUUUUUACUUAAAGAGCUUUAACCUGACAUCAGUGGAUGAACACUCCUGUGCUGAAAUCAACAUGUCCUUUGCAGUCAUUUUUAUGUGCAAGUUGUUGGCAUGUAAAGCAAACAUCUUCAGCUACAGUAGUUCAAUCUGUUCCUCUCCUGGUAGGAAAAAACCACAUGAGAGGCCCUCAAGUAGCAUCUCAUAAUGGAGCAAAGGCAGACAAGAGUUGUGUGUAUUACAAUGUACAGGCUGUGUUGCUGUCAUCACAGUGCCACACUAAGAAAACUAUAAGCCAUGUUAAAGUCUGCUUAGCAGCCUUCUGAUAUCUUGCUUCUAGUAAGGGCAGUUGCCUGAAACCCUCAGGAAAACAAAGUCUAUUGCUUUCAAGCGGCUAAAGGCUCUCAUUUGAAUGUAAGUCUUUCUCUCAUUCUUCCUUUCAUUGCAAUUGCUGCGUUGUUAGUUCUGGGGCUCUCACUGUCGGUCCUGCAGACCAGAGCCUCCCAGUCCCUCCUUCCUCCAGUUCUGCAUUCAUACAUCAUGGCCUGGCCCAGCCCCCAGCUGACGGGAUUUUACUGCUGCUCUCCCUGCCCACAGGAAAGACAUGUCUCACUGGUUCCAAACACUGGCCUAGAAUAUUUGUUUGAAUAUGUUUUAUUCUCCUACAACACGUAUGGAAGACAUGCUAACUUUCUAAUCCUGUGGAGCUUAUCAUUUCCAUAGGGUCAAGAACCAUCUCUCCCUGUGCUCCAACCCCAUUCUUCUCAUCAGCCCAAACCGACCUCAUGUUCACCAUCUCCCUUGCACUCUGAUCACACCUGAAAUUCCCUUAUCAAGUUCUCAUCUCCUCUCAUAAAGCCAUUCCCCAGCCAACAUUCCCACUGUUCCACCACUCACCUAACGUCAUGAAUACAUGUAAAAUAAAAGAACUGUUAAAAAUAACAACCCACACCAAGGUCCUUUGGGCACACAGCAGAAUCCCAACAACCAGCAGAAAGCUCAAGCUGAGCGCUUUCAGCCCAUAUCUGCAUCUCACAAAUCACAGCUGGGCAGUAGUAAAACCUGUUUUGUUGGCUCCAGUUUUUGCAACAGCGGACGUGGUACAUUAAGAUGAAAUCAGCAAAGAAUGUCUCAUAACAGACCUUUCCUUACUGAGCAAAACUAUACCUACUUGUAAAAAUCCCUACCUGCUGUCACUAUUAUGUACCUUAAUUCUACAGAGCAUGGUUUGCCACGAUUUCCUGCCUCAGGUUAUUGUGUAUUUAGCUCUUCUUGUGCCUCAUGUCUUAUUUUUCUUUUUAAACACAAUUUGAGAUGAGACUUUGAUUCACGCUGUGCUGCACAUUUGAGCAAAAAAAUAAAUAAAAAGGUCUGUUGAAUAAAGCAGUCUGAAGACAUCA